AUGGCAACUUCCGAAUGCCAUUCCAUGCCAACAACAAAUAAACAACGGCCUAUACCUCACGCGGUACUCAAGGUGCAAUUCAAGCGACUCGUGUCUCAGCAUAAUCAAGGCGGUGUCAUCUUCACUCGAGACCUCUUGACUGUCAUGGACGAAUUCGAACGAGAACAUGACGUUGUCCUCUUGACACUCGAUCAGAAAACAGCCAUUCAACCUUAUUGCAACGCCAAUCCUGACUUGGAGAUGACGGCAGAAGAUAUCCUCAACCUACUCAAAGUCAUGUUUCCCAACAACUCGCCUUCAGAAGAGAUAUACGCUGCACGACCUCGUACCUCGGCACCUCUUGCUGAUAAUUAUCGACGCCCUUCAUUAUACGAAGACGACAGCGACGACGACGACGACGACGACGACAAGGAUGAACCUGUCGACCAGGCACAAAACAAUGAGGACACUAUCCACAUGGAUCAUCGAGAACAAGACAAUCAAAAUACCAAGCCAAUGAACCAAGAUGCUAUUUUCUCGGGUGAAGAACAAGAAGAAGAGCAUGUCAAUGUUGCUCAAUAUUAUCGGAGGUCGUUACAGCUCACCAGGCGCCUCAAAGCUUCGGAAAGAAGCGUUGCUUCCAUGACACGUGACAAUGAAGAUCGCAUCACACAGCUACAAAACCGGGUGGAUGAUAUGACACAGGAGGUCGUGAAACAAAAGCGUGAAAUUCUUGAAUACAAGAACAAAGAGAAAAGCAGCUUGGAUCAAAUAGGCGCUCUCGAGGCACACAUUGCACGCAUCGAAAGAUCUGAAACAGACCAAAAGCAAAUCUAUCUAUCGAUCAAACGCCUCUUUGAAGAGAAAUGUCAGGAAGCUCAGGAGUUACAAGACAUGCUGCGACAUAAGGAAUUGGAGUUACAAAAGACCGAAGCAUUGCUCAGUGCUAUCAACCAUGAAUUCAAGCAUUUGAAUGAGGAACGCAAUCGGCUUAUGGAGCUUCAAAACAGCCUUGAACGUGAAUUGGUUUCAUCGCAACAAACACACAUGCAGCUUGAAGAACAGCGAACCGAGAAUGAGCGACUCAAGGACAUUAUUGACAGCCUCAAAUUGGAUAUUGAAUCACGCAAUGAUUUGCAUCCUGAUGCAGCGGUGCCUGAUUUAUUCAAACCACCUUCACCAGCAAAUACAUUGCAUAGUGAAUUAGAAGGACAAAUAGAAGAGCCACCAGUGGAUGCUGAGGAACGACUCAAGUCCGUGGAAAAUGAAAAAGAUUAUUACAAGACGCAGGCCAGCGUAGCUAUGGAGGACUUGGAUCGAGUUAAUCAGGAAUUGGCACAGCUGAAACGAGCAUUGGAUUUGGAGAACGAGUCUUUGGUCAGCGAGCUUGCACAUUUAAGAACGCGGUUCCCGGAGCGUCAAGAUGAUGUUGAGGAGCUUGAUAUCUCUACCAGCAACUAUACCGACGAACCUUUUGCGAUCCAGAUCCCGGCUGUAAAAUCAUCAGAGACCGACACAGCAAUUGAUAUGGGUGAUGUGUGGGCACAAUCAAGGCUAAGAAAACGCAAAAUGACUGGCAAGCGACGUACUAUACAAGAUUUGAACGAGUCAACGGCACAUGCAGUCGCAGCCAUGAUAGCGUCAUCUUCAUCACCAUCCUUCAAUGAACAUCAUCAAGCGCUUGUACGACCCAAUGAUCGAGCAGUAACCAACACAGCUACAUUUGCACUGUAUACCCUGCUUGUGUAUAUCUUUGGCAUAGUCACGUCGACCUUUUUGCUGGAUGGCCAUCCUGGAAGUUGGGAACAAGCACUGGUUGCUGUUGCUUCUCAACAAGGUGGUUCUCGAAGCAAGAUCCUGGAGAUAAUCUUGUAUUGGAUCGAAAAAUUGCUCGAAGGCAACGCUAUUCCACUCUCAUAA